ACUCUGGAGUCUGGAUAGCAGCUGAAGCCCGGCGGGAGCGCGAGGUGCAGGAGGACCGCGGGAGGCAGGCGAGCCGCGGGAAGCAGGCACCAUGGUGUUGUCGGUGCCUGUGAUCGCGCUGGGCGCCACGCUGGGCACUGCCACCAGCAUCCUUGCGCUGUGCGGGGUCACCUGCCUGUGCCGGCACAUGCACCCCAAGAAGGGGUUGCUUCCGAGGGACCGUGAGCCCGACCCUGAGAAGGCGAGGCCAGGCGUGCUCCAGCCGGCCCAACAGUUCAACGUUCAAAAGUCCACAGAGCCUGUUCAGCCCCGACCUCUUCUGAAGUUUCCGGAUAUCUAUGGUCCCCGGCCAGCUGUGACAGCCCCAGAAGUCAUCAACUAUGCAGACUACACUCUGGGGACCACAGAGGAGUCUGCUGCACCUGCCAGCCCCCAGGCCCAGAGUGACAGUCGCCUCAAGAGGCAGGUCACAGAGGAGCUGUUCAUCCUUCCUCAGAAUGGUGUGGUGGAAGAUGUCUGUGUCAUGGAGACCUGGAACCCAGAGAAGGCUGCUAGCUGGAACCAGGCUCCCAAACUCCACUUUCGCCUGGACUAUGACCAGAAGAAGGCCGAGCUAUUUGUGACUAGUCUGGAAGCUGUCACCAGUGACCAUGAAGGAGGUUGUGACUGUUACAUCCAAGGAAGCGUGGCUGUCAAGACCGGCUCUGUGGAGGCACAGACGGCCCUGAAGAAACGGCAGCUGCACACCACCUGGGAGGAGGGCCUAGCCCUGCCCCUGGGUGAGGAUGAGCUCCCCACAGCCACCCUGAGGCUCACCUUAAGGACCUGUGACCGCUUCUCCCGCCAUAGUGUGGUUGGGGAACUCCGCCUGGGCCUGGAUGGAACAUCUGUGCCCCUGGGAGCAGCAGAGUGGGGUGAGCUGAAGACCACAGCAAAGGAGCCAUCUGCAGGGACCGGGGAGGUCCUUCUGUCCAUCAGCUACCUCCCAGCUGCCAACCGCCUCCUGGUGGUGCUCAUUAAAGCCAGGAACCUCCACUCCAACCAAUCCAAGGAUCUUUUGGGCAAGGAUGUCUCUGUCAAGGUGACUUUGAAGCACCAGGCUCAGAAGCUGAAGAAGAAACAGACAAAAAAGGCCAAGCACAAGAUCAACCCCGUAUGGAAUGAAAUGAUCAUGUUUGAGCUACCGGAUGACCUGCUGCGGGCAUCCAGUGUGGAGCUGGAGGUGCUGGGCCAGGGAGAGGGGGGCCCGAGCUGUGAGCUGGGUCACUGCAGCCUAGGCCUGCACGCUUCGGGCUCUGAGCGCAGCCACUGGGAGGAGAUGUUAAAGAACCCACGCCGGCAGAUCGCCAUGUGGCAUCAACUGCACCUGUAGUCGGCUGCCCGCCACCAACCUGGUCCUUCUUGGUCACCGUCAUCCUCCAGGCUCAGCGGUCAGUCCUCCCCUCCUGCCUCUGUCCACACGAUACAGAUGUGUUGGCUGAAGCCAGGACCUCAAUCCUCUUCUACAUGUCCAGUACUGAAAAGUGAGCAGCGGCACCAGGGCAGUGAGUGUGACUGGCACGUGAGGGUCACUCGGAAGGCCGCGCCUUGCCCAUCUGUGUUAUGGACAAAGGUGCAUGUCAGGUAUACUCCGUGGGCAGUCCUUGCUCACUUUAGUCUAAAGCAGCAGCUCUCAACCUGUGGCUCCUGACCCCCUUGGCAAACCUCUUUCUCCGAAAAUCUUUACAUCAUAUUUCACAACAGUAGCAAAUUUAGUUAUGACGCAGCAAUGGAAAUGAUUUUCUGGUCAGAGGUCACCAUGCCAAGAGGAACUAUACCUAACUGUCUCAGAUGCACUGGCUGGCCAAGGGCCUUGGCCACUGGGGUCACACCGCACUGAGACUCUGGGUGGUAUACACAGGGCAUCUGUCCUGAACAAGCAUGGGGCUCUGGAGUCGAGCAGGCGGGGCUUACUAGACUGCCUUCCCAGCCUUGUCUUUCGGGAGCUCCCACCAGCCCGGCGUGGAGAAGAGAAGGCUGCUGACACUCAUUCCCCCCUUUUCUACUUUUGUUGUUCGUAUCCCACUCUUUAACUGAAUUGUGUGUUUUGAUUGUUUUAUUUAAGAAAUCACAGUGGGUUUUGUUUGUUUGUUUUUAUCAUACCCAGGGAACCCUUUCCCUGGCAAUCUUCCAGGGUGGCUGCCACAUCCCGAGGGCUAGCUGUCACGUGCACCAGUGUCAUCCCCCUGCAGCUGACUCUGUGGGGCAGAGCUGUCCCUCUCGGUAUGCCCAUACUUCAGGAGGAAGCAGCCCCAAGCUUGGCCUAUUCCAUUCAGCUAUGUGGAUGAGGAGCUGGAUAACAAUUUAAAGAGGAAAUGCAGCCUCUUAAAAUGUACCUCCCUCCAGUUUGGGGGAACAUGUCCCUUUAGCUAGGAAAUAACAAGAAGCCAGGAUUGGAAAUAUCUUCCUUCGUUGAUAUUUCCAACAGAUGCCCUCACUGGGAAUUAGAUGUAAGCAGCUGCAGGCAUAGACACCUGUGAGCCAGGAUUCGGGUUGUCAGUUACUUCCUUGCUCUGCAGCGCCUCGGUGUGGCCACCUGUAGCACAGCACCGAUAUCAUGGAAGCCGGCUAGCCCAGCUUGAGAAGCCCCUAGGCAUCUAGGCAGAGAGAGGUCAGUUAUCACUGCUCAACUGAUGGCACUUGGUAGCUCCUCUCCAAAACCUCCUCUGUAAAUUACUCCGAUGUCAGACCAGUGAAUCAAAAACCUUCAGUCACCUUUACAUCAGCUUAACUUGUUUCUAGCCAUGCCUGGGAAGCCGCCUCUGAACCAGCUGAAUCUGCAUGAACAGUUGGGAUCAGUGGGAAGGAACCUAAGUCUUUGCCAGGGACCACUUUCUAGCAAGAGACCAAAGCUGAGGAGAAAAUAGUGUGAGGCCAUUUUCAGGCUGGGCUGCUGAUGGUCAGCUAGGAGUUACCCUCAGUCCUCUGUGAGUCUCCUCCCAAGGUCUGUCUAUUGAGUGUUUGUCUACUGAGAGCCUCAUGUGUCUGCCCACUCUGCUCAGAGUUGACUCCUGGGCAGGGAGUGGACAGUACAUCACUUUAAUUUAGACAGCGGAUACCGGGCAGCCUUGAGUGCAGUUUGGGUGAGCUGCUCUCAGAUAGAAAGGGCCCCGGGGGAGGUGACAGUCUCUGAACUGAACUGAGGUGCGGAUCUCUGGAGGAGAAUGUUAGUCCUGUGGUGUGUUUCUGCCUUUGGUGUUUCCUUUUGUCACAUGCCGCGUGUUCAUUAUGCAGUCCCAAAUCAAAGCACAAAAAGACGCAUGAGACAUCGUGGUCACAUGUCUGGUCACACUUUGGAAUACAGAGUCUUACAGUGGUAAAUAAAUCAUAUCCAAUGGGG